GGACUUGGGGGCUGUUUAGUGGGGUUUCUUCGUCCCCUGGCCUCGCCUCCCGUAGCUAGUGAAGGCAGUCAGCGCACCCGGCUUGGGCCUGGAGAUCUUGGGGGUUCAGGAGAGCCCUGGUUGGAAAGUUAGGAGCGUGUUACCCAGCGAGCCUGAGGGCUUCAGCUCUGACCUGGGAACAAAGCCUUUGCCACAUCCUUCCUAACUGCUGGUGGUUAGAGGAAGUGAAAGGUCUUGGGGGGUACCAUGGAAACUCCAUGUGAUGCAGAGCUGUGCCCAGGAGAGUCUUAGCAGCAAGGAAAGCUUUAAACCCCUUCAGAGGCGGAACAGCGCUGCUGGAUUCCAUCCUCAGAUCGUCAUUGUAAACACUCGUGGAUGGAGGUCUGGUCUGAACCAAGCCAGAGAAAUUGGUGUCCAGCUCCUUGGUUCUAGAAUACUGUAAAAGAUUGUAUUGUUCAUAGAAAAAUGUCCAAGUUAAUAAAUUGAAAAAGAAAACCAGGACAUGAAAAAGUAUUGACCAGAGUCUGUGUUCACAAGUGACACACCAUGCUUUUGCCAAGUUUCUGAUUGAAGAGUGACAAUCCUUGCAUAAGCAUUUCCCUCUUAAAAUGUCCUUGCCUCUCACAGAGGAGCAGAGGAAAAAAAUUGAAGAGAAUCGACAGAAGGCUCUCGCCCGUAGAGCUGAGAAAUUAUUAGCGGAACAGCAUCAGCGCGCAGGCUCCGGCUCCUCCAUUGCCACCAGCUCUUCCCAGUCCAAGCAGGGUCUGCCCCCCAAUCUCCCCAGGGAGCCUCCUAAGCCGGUGAGCCAUGGUGUCCUUUUCAAACAACAGAAUCUCAGCAGUUCAUCCACUGGUGACCAAAGACCUGCUAAUCCCCACCAUUUUCAUCUAAGCACUCCACAGCAGGCAAAGGAGAGCGGGAAGAUACAAGAAGAUGUGCCCACAGCCUGCCUGAGCCACAGCCCACCGAGUCAAAUGACUGCCACCAGGGUCUCUCCUCCCUUGGCAAAAAGUCCUCCAGGGGCCCCCACUCAACAGCUGUUGUGUUAUCAGUCAGGUCAGGCUUCACACGAGACCAAAUCCACACCCUUUGCUAACACAGCUCGUGAGCCUUUGGCCAAAGCAAAGAGUUUCCAGAAGACACCGGCUUCUUCCUUUGGACAGCCACACAGGGACCCUGGAUUAGACGCCAAGGCAGAGAGGCCCUCCACCUCGGGGCAGAACAUUUCUGACAGCCGCUGUGGUUCAGGGAGUGCGACAGCCAGGCCAGAAGGAAGGCUCCCACAGAAAUCGGGGGCCUCGUUCCACAAAGCAGUAAGCUCGCAGCAGGGAACAUGCAUAAGGAGUGGGGAUCGUUUCCAGGUGAAGAUCGGGUAUAAUGCACACCUCAUUGCAGUCUUUAAGAGUCUGCCCAGCAGAAGUUACGAUCCUGCCACCAAGAUGUGGAACUUCAGCAUGACCGACUACAGUGCCCUAAUGAAAGCAGCCCAGAGCCUCCCCUCCGUCACCCUGCAGCCUUUGGAAGAGGCCGAGGACAGCAGGGAGUUGCCCUCUGCUGGUGGUGUAGUCCAGGCCUGCCUGCCUUCAGCUCCCUCCCUUGCCUUUGUCAAAGGGCGAUGCGUGCUCAUCUCCCGGGCCCGCUUUGAGGCAGACAUCGGCUACUCUGAACAUCUGACUGCACUGUUUAAGCAGAUGGAUUCCAGAAAUUAUGAUGCCAAGACCAGGAGGUGGAGCUUUCUCUUGGAAGAGCACAAUAAAUUAAUUGCACAAGUGCGCUGCCUUCCACAAGUUCAGCUGGAUCCUCUGCCCAAGACGCUCACCCUGGCUUUUGCUUCACAGCUGGAGAAGACGUCUCCAUGUGUCCCAGAAACCAUCCCUGAGGCAGACCUUUCUGGAGUGGACUCCAAGCUCGUGUCCAGUCUGCUGCCCUUCCAGAGAGUGGGAGUCAAUUUUGCCAUAGCGAAAAGAGGCCGCCUGCUGCUUGCUGACGACAUGGGCCUGGGGAAGACCAUUCAAGCCAUCUGUAUCGCGGCCUUUUAUCGGAAGGAGUGGCCGCUCCUGGUAGUGGUGCCGUCUUCGGUGCGCUUCACGUGGGAGCAGGCCUUCCUUCGGUGGCUGCCGUCUCUGAGCCCAGACCGCAUCAAUGUCGUGGUGACCGGCAAGGACCGCCUGACAGCUGGCUUGGUCAACAUUGUCAGCUUUGACCUUCUGAGCAAGUUAGAAAAACAGCUAAAAACCCCUUUUAAAGUUGUCAUCAUCGAUGAAUCUCACUUCCUCAAGAACAUUAAGACAGCCCGCUGUCGUGCAGCUAUGCCCAUCCUCAAGGUUGCCAAGAGGGUGAUCCUGCUGUCCGGCACACCAGCCAUGUCCCGGCCCGCAGAGCUCUACACCCAGAUCAUUGGGGUCAGGCCAACUUUCUUCCCUCAGUUUCAUGCAUUUGGACUUCGCUACUGUGAUGCCAAGCAGCAGCCCUGGGGAUGGGAUUAUUCAGGUUCCUCCAACCUCGGAGAGCUAAAGCUCUUGUUGGAAGAGGCGGUCAUGCUGCGACGCCUCAAGAGUGAUGUCCUUGCCCAGCUCCCAGCCAAGCAGCGCAAGAUGGUAGUCAUUGCCCCAGGCCGGAUCAGCACCAAGGCCAGAGCUGCCCUGGAUGCCGCGGCCAAGGAAAUGACCACCAAGGAGAAAACUAACCGGCAGCAAAAAGAAGCCCUCCUCCUCUUCUUCAGUAGAACAGCUGAAGCGAAAAUCCCGUGUGUCAUUGAAUACGUCCUGGACCUACUGGAAAGUGGAAAAGAGAAGUUUCUAGUGUUUGCACACCAUAAGGUGGUUCUGGAUGCACUUACUAAAGAGCUUGAGAGAAAGCACGUGCAGCACGUCCGCAUCGACGGCUCCACCUCCUCAGCAGACCGGGACGACCUGUGCCGGCAGUUCCAGCUGUUCGAGAGUCACGCCGUGGCCGUGCUGUCCAUCACUGCCGCCAGCAUGGGCCUCACCUUCUCCUCGGCUGACCUGGUGGUGUUCGCCGAGCUGUUCUGGAAUCCAGGGGUGCUGCUCCAAGCUGAGGACCGGGUGCACCGAAUCGGACAGUCCAGUUCCGUGAGCAUCCAUUACCUCGUGGCGAAAGGCACAGCUGACGACUACCUCUGGCCCAUGAUUCAAGAGAAGAUUAAAGUUCUGGGUGAAGCCGGACUUUCUCAGACCAGUUUUUCAGAAAUGGCAGAAGCCACUGAUUAUUUCCACAAGGACCCAAAGCAGCAGCAGAUCUACGACUUCUUCCAGAAGUCCUUUGAGGAAGACGGAAGUGACAGGGAGCUCCUGGAGGCUGCAGAAUCCUUUGACCCUGGAAGUGGUUUCCAGGACCUGGGAGGCAUGCUGGAUGAAAGCACGUUGACGGACAGCCCCCUGAAGAAAAGGAGAUUUGAAUUUUUUGAUAAUUUUGACAGCUUUACCUCUCCCCUAUAAGGGGGGGGGGGGGGAAGGCAUUUAAAAAUCAUGGAGUUCAUUAAAAUAAAGUGUUUUGUUUUUAAA